UUUUACGACUGCACAAAAUUCACUAGUUAACCCUAAUUUAUAAAUGAUUUUCCCUCUGUUUUUACUUUUCCCUAUUCUCUAUCAUCGGCCGGCGAUUUCGGCCGCCGGUGCAUCAUCUCGACAAUCACACUCUCGGACAAAACCAAACUGUCGACAGUCUGCCACAGUCACCGCUGUUCCACCUCCCCCGCCGUAUCUCGCGCCACCAGUAACUGUUAGUUGAUCGAGUUCCACUAAUUGGUUUUCUCUUGGAAAAGGAAAACUACUGUGUUGAAAGUGUGCUCAUGGACCUAUUAGAUGAUAUUUUUGCCAAUGGUGCUUCAAAGACUGUCAAGGCUGGUGGCAAAUUUCAACCGAAGGCGAAGCCCCGCCCGGUGAAGAAAGGUCCAGAUGUUGCAUCCUCUUCUUUGACGUCAAAACCCACUAGUGAUACUGUAGAAGCUGAUUCCUCUGAGGCUCUUAAGAGUGCAAAGAAUUCUCAAAAUUGCGAUGAACAAAGCUGUGUGUCAGCAGAACCUUCCUUGGGGCGUCCGCUUGCUGCAGAAACUUUGGUUCCAUCAGUUGGUUCAAGUCUAGAUGCAAGUAUGGUAAUGAAUGAUAACAAUGAAGAUUGGAAAUCUUGCUUUGAGAAAUCUGAGGGAGAGAAUGCAGACAUAUAUAUAGGUUUGGAUUCGUUUGAUGAUUUACUUCCUCACUCAAGCGGCAUAGAUCCAUCUGCUGCUCAUGUUGCUGAUGCAGAGAAGCAACAAGAACAGCUUUUAAUUCCAGUUUCUGCAGUUGAUGAUUCAGUUCAUAAUGCUUCCAAUCUUCAAUCUGAUGAAGUUGCAGCAGCCCAAGAUGCAUUAACAUUCCAAGGAAGUGUUCUUUCUCUUUGCCGGUUGCAGGAGAUGGACACUUACCCUUCCUUGGAAGCUGAUAUCCUUGGGGUAACUACUAUAUCUGGACAGAGUAGAAGAUUCCAACCCAAACCCAAGUUACAAGUAUACAGAGAGAGAUAUGAUACAAUCAUUCCUGAUUCAGUCGUCGGAGAGUCUGUGUCAUGUGAGCCAGAUUCACACUCCGUUCAUUCUGAAAUGGAUUUUGUGGAUAAUGGGAAGGAACAUGGAUUACCUGCUGCUGAUGUCCUUGAUUUCUCAGCCAGAGGAUUUGAUAAUAGUAUUAUUACAGAAUCUGUGCAUGAAUUUCCAGUUCAUGAAGAAUAUGUUGGGGAGGCUUCUCUUCCAGAUGCUGGCAUCCCAGCAAACCACUCUGAGGCUACUUCUCAGAUGCCUGAGGAACCUGUACCUCAAAGGUCAAAGACUAAAAAACAAAAAGUCCCUGCAUCUGAAGUUUCUGCAAUUAGUGAAGAGAACGGUGAGAGUAGAUCAUUAAGGAGUAGAAGAAAGUCCGUGAAUGCAUAUAGACUAGUAGAUGAGUGUGAUGAAGAUGUAAUUGGUGAUGGGGAAUAUGUGCCUGAACAUCCUAAUGAUUCUGUUACAAAUGGGAAUGAUGAGGAUUUUCUGGUGGAAAAUGACUCACAAGGGACAAAGGUACAGAAGAAUUCCAAGAAAACAGUUACUAAGGAAGGAAAACGAGUUAGGAAGAGUAAAAGGACUGCUGAAGCUUCUGAUCAGGCAGCCAACAAGAAGCCUAAGAAGUUUUCUCAUUCCACUCGUCAAAAGAGGAGAACAGUGGACAAGGCUUUGCUUGAGGUUCCCCUGGAUGAGUUUGACUAUUCAAGGGUGCCUAUUAAGGAUCUAAUUUUAUUAGCUGAGCACAAAGAGCGGUUGGCGAAAAAAGAUGCAGCAGUGUCACAAGUACCUACUACAGAUCAGAGUGCUGGUGCAUCUUUUUCUAAUUAUGACGAGGAUGAGACCUAUGCUUCAGAUGAAGAGGGGGAAGCUAAUGAUCAUAAAAAAAGUACUACAGCUGAAGAUACUACUGCCUACUUCAAUUACCAGACUUACAUGGAUAAAACCCCGAGCACAAGGUGGUCAAAACAGGACACAGAACUUUUCUAUGAGGCUGUGCAGCAGUUUGGAACAGACUUAUCCCUGAUACAACAACUGUUUACUGGCCGGACACGUAGACAGCUAAAGCUAAAACUCAAGAAAGAAGAGCGGCAAAAUCCAUUUAGGCUUCAUGAUGCUCUAACAAAUCGUUCGAAAGAUCAUUCCCACUUUGAACGAGUAAUUGAGCGUUUAAAGCAAAUUGAAGCUGAGGAAUUGCAGUACGCUGAUAAAGACGAGUCAGUUGACCUGACAGGGGAGGAGGAAAUGGAGGGGACUCAGGAGAUUUAUGAGGAAGAAGCAAAGUCCGAACAUGUUGAGGAAAAAGAAGUUGAAGCAGUGGAGCAAGAUGUUCCGGAAAUGGAGAGUCCAGUUAAGGAGUAUGACGAUGAAGAUGAUUUCAUGAAAUGGACUCAGUAUACGAGUGAAGUGUGAAAGUUUCAGUUUAUCUAUUUUCUCCUGCCACAAGGAUGUUAUAUUCUCUCUUGUUUAUUCCUUUUUGAACACGGGCCAACAAUAUGGUACUUGAGAGAAUCAUGUCAAAGGAAUGUUGCAAAUGGCAAGUGUUGGUUAUAUGUACUGACAAUGUAAAGAAAGUUUGUUCUCAUACGUUAGCUUAACUUGAUAGCGUAAAAGUUCUCCUUACAAUUAGAGUUGAAAUAUUGCACAGUAUUCUCUCAUAUUUACGAGCGAAUGUGAGCUACUUCAUUCUUUCUA